AUGAUGCACCGCUCGAGUCUACUGCUUCUCGUCGCCUCUGCAACCUCUGGCGUUUCCGCACUGACCCUGUCCAAAUCAUGCGAAACCGGUCUUUUAAGGAUCGCGACGGAUCCCGCCAACACAUGCUUGGGCCUCACCCGACUGAUCCCCGCCGUUGUCCAGCCCAACAUCAGCAUCGUUUCGUCCGUCGAUCGCUGGCUGGAGUCCACGUGUCUUCAGCCCAAAUGCACUAAUGAGACGCUCGCAAAUCUCGUCAGCAGCUUCAUCUCUGCUUGCGCGAGCGACUUCAGCAUCCCCAACCCGCCUUCCAAUGCGACCAUCGCCGCGAUCCAAAGCAAAGCGCAGGCGUACUACCCGGGACUGCGAGACAUUGCCUGUCUCACUGACUCCGGGGUCAACUGUGUCACUCAGACACUCACCAAUGCCCAAAACCUGCUGGGCAAUCCCAUCGCGCUCAACAACGCCAGCACAGUCAUCUUCUCUGGCCUCGCCACAGGGACGUUCACCGCCAACAUCACCUGCACCAACUGCACCAAGGCGGCCUACAACAUCGUCCAGCAAGAUGCGCCGGUCCUGGGCAGCUCGAGGCUUGUCCAAACAUUCGCCGCGACCUGCCCGGCUUCGUUCAAAGACGGGGAAACGCCUGUCAGUAUCGUGGAGAGUGCGAAACCAGACGCCUCUGCCGGUAUGUUGGCCGUGAGGAGGCCAUCUGGGGCGUUAACGGCGGGUAUGUUGCUUGGAGUUGCGGCACUUGUGGUGUUAUUGUAA